GCAAAUUUUACCUUUGAAUUUGGGAUUGAUCGGACUUACGGGAUUGGGUUGGAUAACACUGGGUAAAGUUCAUUUAAGCGGAUUGAAGUAAUCCUCAUUAGUUUAUUGAUAGGUUUCGAUGUUAUUUUCACAACUAUGUGUAGUUGUGUAACUGCACAUAUCAAAAUAUUGCAAGGAGCAUUUAGAACUAUAAGGCAAAGAUGUUUAUUGAGAAUUAAAAUCAAUGAAGAAGAAUUUUUAAAUGAUCCUCCUUGUUUACAAGAAGAAACCAUUAAAGAGAUGAGGAGAGUAAUAAUUCAUUUACAAGCAGUGAUUAGUGUAUGUGACAGGGUAGAAUAUGUUUAUAAUAAACAAGCCCUUGUUCAAACAUCGAUUUCUCUUUUGGAAAUUUGUUUUUGCCUUUAUUUAAGUUCGACAAGAGACAAGGAUAUUGCCAUGAAUGGAUUUUACUUGAUGGCCACCAUGUUUCAACUUAUGCUCUAUUGUUGGCAUGGCAACGAAUUAACUUAUGCCAGUUCAGGUUUACCUUAUGCUGUUUAUGAUGGAGAUUGGCUUUCCACUAAUAAGGCAUUUAAGCAAUAUAUGAUUAUAACCAUGUCACGGAUGAAUAGGCCUUUGUAUGUCACCAUUGGCAAAAUUACACCUAUGAGUUUUUCUACUUUUUUGACAAUAAUCAGAGCAUCUUAUUCUGUUUUUACAUUUUUGAAACAGAAGGAGAAUAUGAAUAUGAAAACAAACGGAAACAUUGAUUAUUAAAUGCAACUAUUAUAAAUUACCCAAAAUAGAAUGUUGCUAAUAUAAAAAGCACUUAAAACCACUAAAUUUAUUGUUAACAAUAAACUCACAGCGAAC